AUGGCCUUGUCCCUUUGGGAGAUUGACUAGAGUCACAUGAGCUGCACCAAGGGCAGGUAACUCAGGAGAGGGGAAGGGGAAGAGGGAAGGAAAAAAAAAAACCCAGAGAGAGAGAGAGAAAAAAAAAAGCCCAAGCCCAGACUGAGCUUCUGCCAUGAUGUCAGAGGGAAAGAAACCCACAGCUUGCUAAUUUCACCUCCCAAUCGGCCCCGGGAAGGAGAUCACCGGGAACAGUUGUUUCCCCCUGUGGUCAUGACGGCUUCGCACAGUGACUCUUUGGUGGUGUUGUUUGGGGCAACAGCUGGUGCAUAUGGGGCUAAACUGGGUUCGGAUGAGAGGGAACUAAUUCUCUUGGUGUGGCAAGUUGUGGAUCUACAGAACAAGAAGGUAGGGACACUACACAAAUCCCUGGUGAAAGCAGACAACUUGGACUUAAGUGACCAGUGUCGCGAAGUCAGUGGCUUAACACCAGAGGGACUGGGCAAAGCUGAACCACUGGACCGGGUUCUUCAACAGUUUAGUCAGCUGGUAUCCAGUGAUUUGAAAGUACUUGGAAGGAGCUCUUACACACUCUGCAGUGAUGGCCAGUUACUCAUCCGACAAGUUCUCCACCCGGAAACAUCCAAGAAGAACUUCUUGUUGUCAGACUGCUUCUAUUCCUUUUAUGAUCUGCGCAAAGAAUUCCACACUUGCUACCCUAGUUCAGCCGCCGUGAAAGAUCAGACUAUCAAGAGCAUGGCAGAAUAUCUAGGCCUAGGGACAGAUGAAGCAGAGGAGGACUUUGGCGUGUGGCAAGUGAAGACCAUGGUGGCUAUCAUUUUCAGCAUGCUUUCAGAAGGUUGUAAUCACAUAUUUGCUGAGCCUGAAACUGUGAAACACAAGUAUGAAACAGGUCCUUGUAGUAAAUCUGAAACUGUGGACAGUGAGACAGUAAUACGUGCCAGAGGUUUGCCAUGGCAGUCUUCAGACCAGGAUAUCGCUCGAUUUUUCAAAGGACUCAACAUUGCCAAAGGUGGUGUGGCUCUUUGUCUGAAUUCCCAAGGAAGAAGAAACGGGGAGGCUUUGGUUCGGUUUGUCAAUUCUGAACAGAGAGACCUUGCCCUGGAAAGGCACAAGCAUCACAUGGGUAGCAGAUACAUUGAGGUUUACAAAGCAACUGGGGAAGAAUUUUUAAAAAUUGCAGGAGGCACCUCCAAUGAAGUGGCCCAGUUCUUAUCCAAGGAAAAUCAAGUUAUCAUCAGGAUGAGAGGCCUUCCAUUCACUGCUACCCAGGAAGAUGUUUUGGGGUUCCUGGGGCCGGAGUGCCCAGUCACAGGAGGGAAAGAGGGACUUCUCUUUGUCAAGUACCCAGAUGGCAGGCCCACAGGAGAUGCAUUUGUGUUAUUUUCCUGUGAAGAAUAUGCACAGAAUGCACUUAAAAAGCACAAAGAAAUACUUGGAAAGCGUUACAUUGAACUCUUCAGGAGCACAGCAGCAGAAGUCCAACAGGUACUUAAUCGAUACAUGUCAACACCUCUCAUUCCAACCCUUCCAACUCCCAUCAUUCCAGUCAUACCCCCACCGUACACCAUCGCCACGGGCAGCGUCCGCGACUGCGUGCGGCUCAGGGGUCUCCCUUACACUGCUGGCAUUGAUGACAUCUUGGAAUUUAUGGGAGAUGCCACAGGGGAUAUCAAGCCCCAUGGAGUUCACAUGGUCCUUAAUCAGCAGGGACGACCGUCAGGCGAUGCUUUUAUCCAAAUGAAAUCUGCUGACAAAGCCUUUAUGGUGGCUCAAAAAUGUCACAAAAAAAUGAUGAAGGACCGUUAUGUGGAAGUAUUCCAGUGUUCUGGAGAGGAGAUGAACUUUGUUUUAAUGGGUGGCACUUUAAAUCGUAGUGGCUUAUCCCCACCGCCAUGUAAGUUACCAUGUCUUUCUCCACCAGCUUAUGCUGCUUUCCAAACAGCAGCUGUGAUCCCAGCAGAGGCAGCAGCCCUUUACCAGCCACAAGCCCUCCUGCCAUCCACCAGGACGCCCCAGGCCUCUGCAGCUGCUCCUCCAACUGUUACCUACUACCCAGCCCAGGCUGCUCAGCUUUACAUGAACUACACAGCUUACUAUCCCAGUCCUCCAGUGUCUCCUACCACGGUGGGGUACAUUGCAGCUCCCCCAGGAGCUGUGGCAGCUGCUGCCACUGCCACCCACACUCCCAUCCUGCCCCAGCCUGGAGCCUUAGUCCGGAUGCAGGGCUUGCCAUAUAACACAGGAAUGAAGGAGAUACUCAGUUUCUUCCAGGGGUACCAGUAUGCACCUGAUGACUACAAUGGCCUAAUUCAGCUGAGCGAUCAAGCCAGGAGUGUGUUACAAGCACCGAAAGAGUGGGUCUGUUUGUAACUCUUUGUAACUUCUGAAGAAGCUCCAAGCAGAUUCCAUCCUCAUGCUUUACAACUUUAGUGGGCAGCCCAGUGGCGAGGCGUUGGUGACUUUCCCAAGCCUGGAUCUAGCUAAGCAGGCGGUGGCUGAGAGAAGCGGACAGCUCCUGGGCAGCCGCUGUGUGCAAUUGUACCUGGUCUAACUGAACACUCUGGAGGAUGAGGAAAGGAUGUUGCACUCAACACCGUGCCUUUUGCAAAAUAAGAAGUCUUCCCUUGCCACCCAGGCAGCAACAAAUGUGCCUUUUCAGCAUAACGUGUUGGAAUGCAGCAUGGUGCAUGUCCUUUUUAAUUUGAAAAAUGGCGUCUCCUAUGCCAAAGAUAAAGUGAAACCAAAAAAAUUGUGCAGUUAAUUUAGUUAAUUUCUAACAUACCUGUGUAAAAAGAAACAAAGCUGCUCCUGGCAUGCAGGUAAUUCUGAAGACAGUCCAGUAUCACUUCAGCUACCACAGCCACGGGUGAAACUUACUCAGUAGCAUUUGAAGUGGAAAACGAUGCUUGAGUCAUUCAGAUUCUUCUGUGUUUAGUUUUUAAGAGUUUACACUUGACAAAGUGUCUCGUUCUUGUAGAGUUUAAAUGUCUUUAGAAAGGUCUUUUGGAAUGCAUGGCUUACCCAGUUCAAAGCGUAGAUCAUAUUGAUUUUUGUUUUGUUUUGUUCUUGACUGGAAAAUAUCAGGAUGCUGGAUCCUGAACCAAUUGUGCUUUUUCAUGUUUUCAUUAGACAUUGUUUUGCAAAAGCCAUAUUUGACCUUCUUACCAGUGUACUGCUGCCAAUGUUAAAGCAAAAAAAUAAAACCAACAGCAAAACCAGAAAAAUCCUCUCUUCCCACCCUGCCCCAGCCCCAUAUUUUUAAUCUCUACAGGACAAAAAUGGCACAUAAACCUGAGUACUAAUAAGUUAUAUUUUUUUAUUUAAGCAUAAUAGCUUUCAGAUACUGUAUUAAAGAUUUUGCUCUAGUUUAUGUGCAUGCAAUUUGUUUACAUCUUUAAACUACUUUAUUUGUAUAUUAUGAAACAGCAAGAUAUGUUGAAAUCUGAAUUCUCUAGUGCAUGCUUUUUUCUUUUUCCCGUGUGUAUAUACAUAAGCUAGAAGUACUUUUACGUCAUGUAGCACGUGUUUAAAAAAAGACAUCUGCUGUAGAAGCACUAAAUGACUUUGUUUUUACUGUGCCUUACUUCUCAAUCAUUCCAAGUGCAAUACCAGCAGAGCAAAAUAUAAUGAAUUCUGUUGUUGACAUGUUCAUGGAUGUCUGAAUGGAUCUUUUUUUGUUAGUGUACAAUUUGAGUUGUACUUUAAAGAACUGAAUGAUGUAUGCUUCUUUAUAUUACAAUAAAAGAGAUGCUUACAA